AACAAGUAUUACUCCAUGAAUCUUCUUUUUUAAAUUUGGACAAUUGACAUAUCUAAAUAUCACUCAUGUUUGGCAUUAUGUUAAUUUCAGUUAUUGUUUACAUUAUGGUUUACAUAACAAAUAUAAUAAUUUGAGUAACAACGUCUCUAUAACUUUUUAAUCAGAUCAUUUAGAAAUAUUUUAUAUCAGUAUGGAAUAUAUGCAAAUUUACCUUCGAAAUAGUAAAAUAGUAUCAAAUCUGAUGUUUUACAGAUAUCAACUGAAGUAGACAGAAUAUUCUGUAUGAAGACCUAAAAAAAUUGGCAUUUAUAAAUAGAAUAGUAUUGAAAAAAUUAGACUCUUUGGAGUAGUUGAGAAAUCAGUUAGGAUCACGGUACAAAAGAGAAGAUACAAAAAAAAUAAGAAGAGAACAACAUAAGACAAAAAAGUUUUAGAGUUAUACAGAAGAAGAAAGGUUUUAAUUGUAUUUCAAAAACUCAGUACAAAAAAAUAUGGUCCUAAUAGAAGAAAAGAAGAAUCAGACUCUCAAAUUGCGCAUGUCAAGUGUAUGAAUCAAUAUGUGUGAUUCCACAAAUAAAAUAAAUUGAAAAUAAAAAUGAAAUACUAGGAGGAAAAGAAAUAAUUAUAAUAAUGAAAUUACACACAACAAGAUAUAUUGUUAUUCUAUCCAUUCAAAUAGGAUUGAUAAUCAUUGACUGGUUUAUAAACAUAUUUUCAAUAUUCAAUAGAGAUAGUAAUGCAAAAAUGCUAAUAAUGUUCAUCACACAAAAUGCUUGUCUCAUACUAGCACUCUCUGUAUUGUUACUAACGUUUUUUUCGACAUAUCUCUUCCAAAUUGGGCUUAUAUAUUUAUUGUAUGAAAGGUUCCGCACAACAUUACUUGUGUGUAUGCUUUAUUUCAUUCUUACAUCAAUUGUUAAUGUUUGGUUGAUGAUAUUGCAAUGGAAUAACAAGAGAAAUUCCUGGAAUGCUUUAUUCAUGAUUAUAUUUAUCAUACAAAGAUUCAUGUCAACAGUUUAUUAUUAUUACUACAAAAGAGCAGCAUUGAGGAUAAGUGAUCCCAGAUUUUAUGAAGAUAUGGAUAUAGAAUCAGAAAAAACAGUUUCGACACAUGAUUGAAAGGAUAUCUUCUUCUUAUUUUAAUUAUUAGGUAUGUGUACAUGAUUAAAAUCUGUUAAAUAAAUGUAAUUUAAUUCAUGAAAUAAUAGAAAUUCAAUAUUUUUUGUUCCUAAAAUCUAAUCAUCAUUUUAUAAUAUAUAUUCUAAAAGUUGUUUUGUUAGUGUUUUAUACAAUUAUCCUAAUAAUUAUUUUCAGCAUUAGUUUUAGUUUGUGUACUUUUAUAUAAGUAUAGUUUUGUCAUUGUUAAUUUGUAAACAAGCAAUGUGAUAGUGAUAGACUAGCUGGGUUAUAUUACUGCUCAAACAAUUGGCUUAAGGUAUUUACUGCUCUGUGACCUGGCUUUAGUUGUUUUUUUGAACUAAUUUGAAAAGAUUAGGUAUGAGUUUGCUUAGCUCAUACGUCUAUAUUGAAUAUUGCUAUCAAAACUAUAUCUUCUUAUUCUAUAUAUAUAAAAUUCUUGAUACUCAUCCUUCUUGAUAUUUCUUUUAUAAUUUUUGUUUUCUCUGUCAUUUAUUUUAAUUUGUUUUUUUAUCUUAUCAGUUCAACGUGCUGCCUGUUUUUUUACCGUUUUAUUUGAUUGUCUCACAGACGUCUCUUGCAGAGCCUUUGAUGUAGAGCUGCCACACUUCUAGAUUCUUGCCUCUUCUAUAUUUAUUUGUUUUGUAGCAGUUUGUACCUGUUUGCGUUAUUAUUUCUAAUAGAGUGAGAAGUAGUCUCUGUUUACUUUAUACCUACGCUUAACAUUGACAUCCUUUAUUAUUCCUCUAUUUUCUCUUCACCAAUGUGUAGUUUAUUUUUGCAGGGCUGUUCUCUGGUAAACUUAAGGAUAUCUUUACUCAGAAAAGCCAUUAGUUAUAAUCAAAUUAUGUAGUGCACAAAAGUAGUAGUAAUCUUUUUCUAUUGCUAGUUCUAGUGGUUUCUCCAUGUUUACCAAUUUGCCUUUUGUAAACAUGAUCUUUAAGCUCUUAUUUAUUGCCUCUAUUUGUUUUUAUUAGUCUAAUCUUGUUUUAUUGCUGUUUCUUUUAUAUAUCUCAUCUCCUUUGCUUAUUGUUAUUGUGAUUUUUCGAGUGUGUCCAUUUUCUUAUUGUAUCUCCAUUAUUCAGCAUCUAUAGUUAUUUACUAUGUCCCAUAUUAACUGUGUUUUUCUUCUCUUUCUCAUUUCUUAAAAAAAUUUGUAAUUCUUUUUACCUUCUAGUGAAGUCAUGGUUAUUAAAUGUGCGAGUAUCCUUUAUCUGUACCAUCUUAUGUUUGUUUCUCUUAAUGGCUACAUUUUCAUGUGCACUCAAUUCCACCAGACAAGUUUUACCUUCACUCUAUGAGUCUUUUUAGUAUUGACCUCUAGUUGUCAGUAUUGUUUCACAAAUUUGUCGAUCGCUGUAAAACAAUACCUUUUUAUUAUAUUAUUUUCUCUAUUCGCCUUUCCUAGUUUUUUAAAGUGUCUCUAAUUUCCAAAAAAUCUUUUUUUUUUAAUUCGUGUUUUCUUAUUUCAUUCUCUUGUUCGAGUUUUAAAAUUUUGUUCUCUUCUCUCGUUUUUUUUCAACUCCUGUAUAUUCUUGAUGUUCUAUUCUUAUUUAAUUUGCCUAUUAUUUUAUUUCCCUCAUUUCUUCAAUAUAUUUCAACUCUCGUAAAAGUAAAUCCCACUCUUCUUCUUUGACGUUUUAUGUCUUCAUUUGAAAUUUUAUAUUAUUUGUUUAUUCGUCUCAAAGACGCCGUAACCCUCUCUUUUCCCUUAUCAGUCACACUCUCCAUGAUUCUUCAAUAAAUUUCUACCGAUCUGUGAUCCCAAAACAACAUUUCAAUGCCAACUCUGUUGGGAAAUUUUAUGGCGGCGUAAGAGUAUUAUUUAAUCAGUUUUGAAUAAAGAUGGAUCGUGUUUUGCCAAACUUUCUUUUUAUAGCCACUUUUCUGAUCAACAUGUUCUGUAUUCCACACAUAAUCGAAAGAACUCGAUUAAUACGACGACGUGAUUGAUUUCUCUGAUUGCAGUCGGUUAUAUGACGCAAGUAAUCCUAUUAUGCAGUCCAGGCUUGUUACACUCGACGUAUUACAUUGUAACCACCACUCAGAACACUUCUACGCAAAGUUUCCGUCCAGUCAAACAGUCGGACUUUGACCUUUAUCGAUAGUUAAUGCUUUAUUAUUUUCAUCCAAGACUGUUGUAUAAUGUAACGUCUGCUGGCUCGAUCUUAAUAAUACUUAUUAAUCACUGCUGUCCGAUGUUUUCUUGAUUUAGCUAUAUUAUAUUGUUUUGCUACAAAAAAUUGGUUUUUAUAAUUUUAUCAAGAAAAAUAUUACCAAUUUAGUUCUGUACACAAAAUUAAGUAUUUCAUAUUUUAUUAUCUGUAUUAUUUUUAUUACAUUAGUAUUUAUAGAAAAAUUUUUUCAGCAUAUUCUGUUAACACCCCUAUAUAAAAAAUUUGCACUUCAGCACAUUGCUGCAAAUCCACUGAACUUGCUUCUUGUUGAUAUCUAAUUUAAUAAUAAGUGGGUAAAAAAUACACAAAGAUAGAAAUAAAUAUGUAAUUUAUUAUACACAAAUUACAAUAAAACUUUCAACAAAAAAUUACACAUACAAACUGUCUUGUAAUUAACAAAAAAUAUAUUCUAUGACUAAAACAAUAAAUAUGUGAAAUCUUUCCACGUUGCUUUACAAAUUCCAUCCAUUUUGCUUUAAAAAUUCCAUUCUCAAAGAAUGUUUAUUGAAUAUGUACACCACUUUUUUUUAAUCACAUAUUGUUAAUCGGAAUCUGUCGGCAGAUAAGCGAACUUAUUAUUGGCGGUGAAAUUUGGAGGUUCCGGUUCAGUCAAUUUUGGCAUUUCUUUAUCAUGUCUCUCUCUGCGAAUAAAAAAAGGGUGAAAAAUAUCCUAAUAUUUUGUUUUUUAUUGAUAGGGGAAAACAGAAUAACUAUUGUUGGUUAAAUUGUGAAAAUGUAUUAAGUAUCAGAUGAAAAUGAAAAAUUUAACAAAAAAAUAAUUGGAAGCUUGUACAUCAAAUUAUUCCUUCCUAUUAAAAUAAAGAUUUAUUAUUUUGAUACUGAUAUUUGUAUUUACCAUAAAAUAUUUCCGAAUACUGCAAUAAGCUAUAAUUAUUAGUGAAGUUGUUUUGACUUUGAUAAAUCCCCGUGUAAUAUGAAGAAUACAUUAAAUUGUUCUAAAAGCUUA